AUGGCAUAUUAUAGAAAGUCAUCUCCGAUACCCGGUUAUACAGGUCAUAUACCUGGUUCUAAAUUUCACGUUGGUGGAUGUAUAAAUAGAAAAGGAAAUGUUAAUGAUGACGGUAAUGAUAUUAAUUUUAAGGAUUAUUUUAACAGGAAUUUAAAAAAUUUUGACAAUUUUUUACAAGAUAAUAAGUACAAGGAUAAUGAAAAUAAAGUAUCAUCUUUGUCAAAUUUUCAAAUGGAUGAUGAGCAAAGUAUGAUUGAAGAAAAUGAAAAAGAGAUAUCAAGGAGUAUUUCACAGGUGUCAUCAUAUAGAGAAAAUUCCAUACUUUCCGAUAAAUCUAUCCAUUCAAAAAUUUCUAAUGAAUCAAAUAAUUCAAUAAAAAUGUUAUCCAAUAAUAAUGAAUUAAUUGAUAAAGAUGAUAGGGAUUCUUUAUCAAGUUAUAAGAGUAAAAAAACCUCUGAAAAUGUAUAUGAGGAUAAUGAAGUUAAAAGACCAAAUACUGUUGGAAAAGAUCGUAAAGAAAUGUUAAGAAAAAAAAUGCAAGAAAUGAAACCAACUGGAAUUUGGGACAAAAAACCAAUUCCAUAUGAAAGUAAAAUUAUACCAGUUGAAGAAUUGAGUCCUAAAGAAAAAAAGAAUCCUUUUGAGGGUGCUGAAAAAGGAUGGUGGAGUGAGGGGCAAGCUUUAGUAAAUAUGAAAAAUGUUAAAACAAAUAAUAUUUAUUCAAAUUCAUAUAGUAAUAAUAGUUCAAAUUUAAUGUCAAACAGAAGUAUGAAAAAUAUUUCAAGUUUUAAAGAUGAUUUUUAUACAUUAAAUAAUGAUGAAGAAUAA